AUUGACAUUGACGGUUAGUAGGAGGCAGGAUAGUCUCAAAUAUAUUUAUCAGUAAUAUGAAUUUGUGAACAAAAAUGAGUGAAUUAUUUAAAUCUGCCUUCGAGUAUUUUAGCGGUCCUACGAACGGGCAGAUUGAAAACAGUUUUGUGGGACAAACUAUAGAAAUAUCCAAUGUUCAACUAAAAAUAAAAAAAGUUAUUGCAGAAGGUGGAUUUGCUGUAGUUUUUGUAGCACAAGAUGUAACAACAGGAAAAGACUAUGCUUUAAAGAGACUGUUAGCAGCUGAUGAAGAAAGCAAGAAUAAUAUUAUAAGAGAAAUAAAUAUAUUAAAGAAAGUAUCUGGUCAUCCAAAUAUAAUUCAAUAUUUAACAGCUUCUUUUAUUGAUAAAUCCCAAACGCAACAUGGCCAAUCAGAAUUUUUAUUGGUAACAGAACUAUGCCCUGGUGGAUCUUUAGUCGAAAUUUUGCAAGCACGUACUUCUGCUUUUGAUGUUGAUUUAAUAACAAGAAUUUUUUACCAAACAUGCAGAGCUGUAGCCCAUAUGCACUCACAAAAUCCUCCCAUUAUCCAUAGAGAUUUGAAAAUUGAAAAUCUUUUAAUUAGUGCAGAAAGUAGUAUAAAAUUAUGUGACUUUGGAUCUGCUACAACUGAAGUGUAUAGGCCUGACAUAUCAUGGACUGCCAACCAACAUGCUGGUCUUGAAGAAAAUAUGGCCAAAUUCACAACACCAAUGUAUAGAGCUCCAGAAAUGGUUGAUACUUGGAACAAUUAUUUUGUUGGUACUCCUGUUGAUACAUGGGCCUUGGGAUGUAUCUUGUAUACCUUGUGUUUUAUGAGACAUCCAUUUGAAGACAGUGCAAAGUUAAGGAUAAUGAAUGCAAAUUACAGUAUUCCUCCAGAUCCUAGGUUCUCUUGCUUUCAUGAAAUAAUUAGAGGAUGUCUGCAAGCCAACCCACAACAAAGAAUCACAGUAUCAGAUAUUCUAGAAAGACUUGCUGCCAUAGCCGAAUCUAACGGUUACGAUCUUAAGGCACCCCUUAUCUUAUCGACUCCACAUCACAAAAGCUCAGAACCUCAAUCACAGUCUACCUUUUACGAUGGACCUUCUAAUAACGCUACGAAGGUGCCACCCUCUAGACCUGCCCCUCCAGCUGCAGCUGUUGAUGCGUCAAGACCGCCUCCACAACAGGCUCCUCCCAGACCGACUCCACCUCCGCAAAGACACGCUCCACCUCAACAACAACAACAGCAGCAGCAGCAACAACAAAGACCCGUGGAAGCUAAACAAUCCGGAUUGUUCUCGUCUAUUAAAGGAGGGGCUGGUAGCUUUUUGAAAAAUCUCAAAGACACUAGUAGUAAAGUGAUGGCGACAGUGCAACAGAGCAUGGCGCGGACUGACUUGGACAUCCACUACAUAAGUUCUAGAAUAAUAGUGAUGCCGUAUCCUUCGGAAGGAUUCGAAUCUACGUACAAAACCAACCACAUCGAGGAUGUUCGACUGUUUUUGGACUCUAGACACCCGAACUUCAAAUAUUCCGUGUAUAAUUUAAGCCGCAAACCUUACCACUCAAAAUUCGGACAAGCCAGAAUCGUAGACUGUUCUUUCGCUUAUCCGGAAACGUUUAGGGCUCCACUUUUGAAUUCCAUGUAUCAAUUGUGCGAGGAUAUUUAUCAGUACUUAGCGGGAGAUAGUAGAAAUGUAGUUGUGAUACAUUGUACGGACGGAAAGGCAACUUCAGCGACACUAGUGUGUGCGUUAUUGAUAUACUCAGGAUUGUUUCAAGUGCCAGAAGACGCUCUUCAAAUGUUCGCCGUAAAACGAUGCCCUCCUAACAUGAGACCAUCUGAACUUAGGUACCUUUAUUACCUGGCUGACAUUGUCCGAAACCCGCCUCUCUAUCCGCAUUAUAACCCCGUAACUUUAGUUUCGAUACAAAUGCAACCUGUUCCGCUUUUUACAAAAAUAAGGGAUGGUUGCAGGCCUUACGUAGAAGUUUAUAGUGAGAAUAGAUGUAUUUUAUCUACUUUACAAGAUUAUGAAAGAAUGAGGCUUUUUAAUAUAGCAGAAGGAAAGUGUUUCCUUCCAAUUAACGCCACUGUUUGUGGAGAUGUAUCUGUAAUAGUAUACCAUGCCAGAAAUAUACUGGGUGGUGUAAUGACGCAGGGCAAAGCAACCGGUAUCAAAAUUUUUCAAAUUCAACUACAUACGGGUUAUAUACCAGAAGAAGACACCUGUAUAAAAUAUAUGAAAUCGGAUUUAGAUGAUUUAGCGGAGGGCCAGGAUCAUUUCCAGGACAGAUUCACGGUGUCACUUAACGUAUUCGUCACGGAUACGGAACGAAAACCUUCACAACCAGCUCCAUGGCAGACUGAUCAAACCAAACGAGUGGUCGAUACGAUGUUCACUUCACAAAUCGAAAAAGACGAAACUGUAGAUAAUUUUGUUAGCACACCGGCCCCCGUGAAUAAACCGGAAAUGCCACCAAAAAGGCCGCCAGAGAGGCCUGUUCGACCACCUCCUCCACCUACCAGUAUUCUUCAAGAUAAUGAGGAUUCCUCUUCAGAUGUAGAACAAGCUCCCCCUCCACCUCCAAAGCCGAGCCAACCAGAACCAUUAAUCGAAGCCGUCGAUCUACUGAAUCUCAAUUCUUCCUCAAGCGCAGAGCCUCCAGCGGCUAAAAUCUCGCCCUCUCCAAGUUCCAACUUUGACCUAUUAAGCCAGCUGGGAGGUGACUCCGGAAACGAAGAUUUUGCUAGUUUUAAUUCGGCUCCAAUCAAUAAACCCAACACGAACGGCAACACCAGCAAUGAAUUCGAUCCGUUCGCGUCGUUAGGUGGCGCUGGCGAUGGCAAUAAUCUUUUAGGUGGAUGGAGCAACUUUACAACUCCGACACCUGCUCCAGCUCAAAACGCGACGCCUCAGAAUCACGCGAAGGAACAAAAACCCACUGAUCCGUUUGCAGAUUUCGGUAAUUUGGGUGGAGGCCUAAACUUCGGAUCCACGGUCCCACCAUCGACAACUCCAACCAGCGGAUCUCAAACCCCUAAUACAGUGCCACCAACGACGCCCCAGCACAUUCCGAGCUCGAAUACGGCCACCCCCAAACACCAGGCUCGGUCACCUUUAGGUGGAGCAGAUUACAACCGUGCACACUUCGACACUUUAAACAAGAACCAGCAACAGCAGCAGCAGCAACAACAAAACGAGCCUAAAGGAAAGGUGAAAAGCGACGACGUGUUCGGAGAUUUGUUGGGUUCUCAGGGGUACAGUUUUACUGGAAAGAAGGAUAAUACUCCGAGAACUAUGAAUGCCAUGAGGAAAGAAGAGAUGGCUACUUAUAUGGAUCCAGAAAAGAUGAAAGUUAUGGAAUGGCAAGAAGGAAAGAAAAAUAAUAUAAGAGCCCUUCUAUGUUCGAUGCACACAAUUCUUUGGGAAGGAGCGAAAUGGAACAAAUGUGAAAUGCACACACUGGUUUCUCCCGCUGAUGUUAAGAAGGCUUAUAGAAAGGCGUGUUUAGCAGUUCAUCCAGAUAAGCAAACCGGCACGGAUAAUGAAAACUUGGCGAAGCUCAUAUUUAUGGAACUGAACAAUGCUUGGAGCGAUUUCGAAAACGACGCUACUCAGCAAAACAUGUUUUCUUAACUAACAUAAUUCCUAGAUAUCUAUCUAAUAUUUUACUAUUUUAAAACAUUCCAGUAACUUAUAAUUUAUUAUUU